AUGUUCAUGGCGUCUUCAUCUUCUUCGUCUUCCUCUCGCACCUGUACAUACGAUGUUUUCCCGAGCUUCAGCGGGAAAGAUGUCCGUAUAUCCUUCCUCAGCCACCUUCUCGAGAAACUUCACCGCAAAUCAAUCGAUACAUUCAUCGACAACAACAUCGAGAGAAGCCGCCCGAUCGGGCCCGAACUUUUAUCGUCGAUCAGAGGAUCGACCAUCUCAGUCGUUGUGUUCUCUGAGAAGUACGCUUCUUCCACGUGGUGCUUGAAUGAAUUGCUAGAGAUCCACAAGUGUUACAAGGAGUUUCAUCAGAUGGGCAAGUCAGAAGACGUGACACAAGAGUGGAUUGAAGCUCUUGCCCAUAUAGCAAGUCUUGCAGGACAUGAUUCUCAGAAUUGGAGUAACGAAGCAGUCAUGAUUGAAGAUAUCGCUAAGGAUAUUUUAGAUAAACUUAUCAAACAAUCGGAUUGUCUUGGGGAAUUUGUUGGGAUUGAAUCUCAUAUAGACGCAAUGAGUUCGAUCUUGUGCAUGGAAUCUAAAGAAGUAAGAAUGGUUGGGAUUUUGGGAGCUUCAGGGAUUGGUAAGACUACAAUAGCUAGAGCUUUGUACAACAAACUCUCCAGCCAGUUCCCAUAUCACGCUUUCAUGGCUUUUGAGAUAAGCAACAGGGACAACUAUGGCAUGAAGCUGAGUUGGGAGAAACAACUUCUGUCACAAAUUCUUGAUCGAGAGGACCUGAAGAUAACCCAACCAGGUGCGGUGAAACAAAGGCUAAAGCGCAAGAAAGUUCUCAUCGUUCUUGAUGAUGUGGAUGACGUAGAGCUGUUAAGGACUUUGGCUGGACGACCCGGAUGGUUUGGACCUGGAAGCAGAAUCAUCGUGACCACUAAAGAUAGGCUACUUCUCAGGUGUCACAAGAUUGACACUGUUUACGAGGUGAAGUUCCCAUCGAGAGAUCUAGCUCUUCAAAUGUUAUGUCGAUCUGCCUUUGGUCUCGACUCUCCACCUGACGGUUUCGGUGAGCUGGCAGUUGAGAUCACAGAGCUUGCUGGUAGUCUCCCUUUGGGUCUCAACAUCAUAGGUUCGUCUUUGGGAGGGAUGGACAAGGAAGAGUGGUUGGAGAUGAUGCCUAGGCUCCGUGAUCGUUUGGAUGGGAAAAUCGAGAAAACGUUGAGAGUCAGCUACGAUGCGUUAGAUGUCAAAGAUCAAGAACUGUUCCUUUACAUUGCGUGUUUACUCAAUGGCCGUGACGUCAACUACAUCAGAGACGUGAUCGGAGAUAGCGUGAAGGCUGGGUUGAAAAUGCUGGCUGAUAAGUCCCUCAUACGUAUAUCAUCAGUGUUCGAAGUUGUAGAGAUGCACAGUUUGCUCCAAAAUUUGGGUAAAAUGAUCAGUCGUGCAGAGUCUUCUUUUAAUCCUGGAAAACGCCGGUUCUUGGUGGGUGCUGAGGAUAUUUGUGAUGUAUUCACCGAUAAUACCGGCACAGAAACAGUACUAGGCAUACGUUUGAACACAUCAGAAAUCAAGGAGCCGUUGCUUAUAGAUGAAGAGUCGUUCCAAGGGAUGCGUAAUCUCCGGUUUCUAGAACUCUACGAUUCCUCCUGGGGGAGUGGUGAAGGCAUAUUGCGUAUACCUAAUGGCCUAGCUUGUUUGUCACGGAAACUCAGAAUACUGUAUUGGCAUAAAUGCCCGUUGAGGUGUAUGCCUUAUAACUUCAAGGCCGAGUAUCUUGUUGAGCUGACGAUGAGAUAUAGCAAGCUUGAGAGGCUUUGGGAAGGAACUCAGCGGCUUGAAAGUCUCAGGAAGAUGAAUCUGUUCUGUUCCGAAGAACUGAAAGAUAUCCCGGAUCUUUCUUAUGCCAUAAACCUCGAGGAAAUGGAUCUUUCCAGCUGCAAAUCUCUGGUGACACUUCCUUCCUCGAUACGGAAUCUCGGUAAACUUAGGGCGUUAGAUAUGGGGAGAUGCUCAAAGCUCGAGUCUCUUCCAACUGAUGUCAACUUGGAAUCUCUCGAACAACUCAAUCUCCAGGAAUGCUCUCGGUUGAGAAACUUUCCUCAGAUUUCACGGAACAUUUCAAAGCUUUAUCUAGGUCGAGAUUCGAUAGAAGAAGAAAGUUCGUUUUGGGUAGAGAACAUGUCUAGGCUCACUGAUCUCGUUUGGGAGUAUUGUCCACUGAGAUGUAUGCCUGCUUACUUUCGUCCAGAAUAUCUGGUUUAUCUGUCGAUGAGAUAUAGCAAUCUUGAGAAGUUAUGGGAAGGAGCCCAGUCUCUUGGAAAUCUCAAGGAGUUGUCACUGUCAGGAUCUGAAAACUUGUCUGAAUUUCCGAAUCUUUCAAAGGUUACCAAUCUCGAGAAGUUGUAUCUUGAUGAUUGUUUUAGUUUGGUGACGGUUCCUUCUUCAAUUCAGAGUCUCGAUAAGCUGGUUGAGUUGAGCAUGGAGAAAUGUUUAAGGCUCCAGGCUCUUCCAACCGACGUGGACCUGAAAUCUCUCAAGUUUCUCUCUCUCAUUGGGUGCCACAAGUUGAGAUGUUUUCCUCGGAUUUCAAGGAGCCUCGAGAGUCUCUAUCUCGACUACACAGCGGUCGAAGAUGUUCCUUCUUGGAUCGAGGAAUUAUCGGAGCUCUCUACACUCAUGAUGAGAGGUUGCUGGAGGUUAAGUAACGUAUCUCAAAACAUUUUUAGAUUGAAAUGUCUAAAAGUGGUAAACUUAUCUGGCACUUCAGUCAAAGAGUUUUGUGACGCAAGUGUGCUGACAAGAAUAUCACGCACCAUUACUCAUCUGAUGCUACGGUUCGCUAAUGCUUCUCGUCUUGUUUGGUUAUUAUUACUAGUGUGUGGAUUUCUCGUACGGGACUUGUUAACAUGUGAACAGGUUUUCAAGAAUUUCCGAGGUACCUCUGACUUCUUCUCCAAUCCAGAGGCUCGUCUUAACUUCGACAACUGCCGAAGUUUGUAUGGAACUGCGCAGACAAUCAUCCUACAAUCAGACUACGAGUACGCGGUCUUACCAGGUGGAAAAGUGCCCAAGUCUUUAACACAUCGAGCUCGUGGAAGUUCCUUAUCCAUCCUUUUCCUUGAGAGCUAUCUCUCUGAAGAGUUUCUAGGAUUUAAGGCUUGCGUCGUGAUUGAGCCUCCGAACGACCCAGAGUUCAUGUUUUCAUGCGUUGGGGUAUACUGCUAUUUCAGAGGCAGCAGAUAUGACGUGCAUUGUUUACAUUUUGACAGGGAUCAACGGAGUGAUAUGGAACAUCUGCUCAUGUUCCACUCUCGGUUCCCUACAAAAGAAGUAAUUGAUUGUCCAUCUGAAUUGGACCGGGCAGACAUAAAGUUUGAGUUUUACUACCAUAUGUAUGCUUCUCUCGACAGAUAUAAUCCUGCUGAAACUGGUACAUAUUCAGUCCAGAGGAUCAAAGGAUGCGGUGUUGAAUUCUACUCCAAAUCCAGCUCUUAG